AUGUGGUUGUCAGUGGACAUCGGUGUGGAGGCAUCGCGGGCUGCGCCUUGCUCUCGGGGCAAACACUCCGCGACACUCCUGGGGGGAUAUGUGUAUGUGCUGGGCGGGCGCGGUGCCGGUGGGUGCGUUCCACUCAGGGACUUCUGGAGAUAUUGUCUUGGAAACGGUCGUUGGGAGAGGCUGGAAGCGAGAGGGGAGCCACCUCCUGCCCUGCAAGAGCAUACGGCGACAGCACACGAAAGCCGACUGUACGUGUUUGGUGGCGAAGCUGGUGCGCUGUCCAACGAAACACCGCUCUGGAUUUAUGAUACAGAACUAAAGAUCUGGCGAAAGCUAGCAGGCCAGACGAGCAACUAUUCGACCGUGCGCCGACGCAGCACCCGUGAAUCCCGCAACGGGAACAUCCCACGUGGUCGGCGAGGCCACUCCGCCCACGCGCUUAAGGACUGUCUUCUUAUCUAUGGCGGAUAUAGGGAUUUGAGGGGAUCCACUAAUGAAUUGUGGGCGUUCCAUUAUGAAUCCGAAACGUGGCAACAGGUGCGCACGGCCACCAUGGGGCCGGCGCGGCACCGCCACGCAGCUGCGUUGUACGACGCGCGUCUCUACGUGCACGGGGGACAAUGCGAUCUGAAAGACUGCGCCGAUCUUUGGCACUAUGACACCAUAUCUCGAGUAUGGACGCAAGUUCGAACCCCCGCUAAAACCUCGCCGAGCGCCCGUAGCGGCCAUGCUGGCCUUCGCGCCGGAGCACAUCUCUACAUCUUCGGAGGGGAAGCCAAUGGACACCCGACAAAUGAACUGUGGCGGUUUCACUUCGCAUCGGAAACCUGGGAGAGAAUCCUGCAGAGCGUGAAAUGGCCGUCCGCACGUAUAGACGCACGCGCGCUCCUAAUCAGCGGAGCACCGCCGCGCGCGCACUCCGCCCCCGCGGCACCCGUCAAGCACCGUCCAGAGCCGCCCCAAGGGUUUCUCCGAGAGAUCUCUAAGCUCUCUUCGUUCCACAUCCGCCGCGCCGCUCGCUGCUCCUAUAGCGUCCUCGGAGACCAAGACUCCACCGAGAGCCUCAUUAGGGAGUCCCGCUCUCUCUCUAAAUCUCGCUCCGCCUACAUUAUCGACGAACGUCAACCGGCGGACGGCGGUGAGAGUCCAAAAGAAGGAACCGUCCCGGAAGAGUGUCGAAACGUUUCCCGCGAACCCAUAUCCGUCCCCAACUUCGCAGACAUGGUCCUCCCCACUCCUGUCCUAUCUCCCAUCGAAGCGACCAAACUGGUCUACCUAGACUCCGAGGAGGAGGAAGAUAUGAAGCCCAAAAACGGAAUAGAGAUGACGACUAUAAUCCCGAAGUCGGCGUCUGUGAAGUUCACCAAAAUACCGGUGACGGAUAAAGUGGAAGAUGAAGGUGAACUAUCUACAUCGGAUUACGCGAGCGCGGAGAAAGUUAACAGGCCGAACAGGGCCUCUUUGGGCUUCAGCAACCCCCACUACCUCGGCCCGGAUGUGAGAACCCUCGGGACGGCCGUCACCCCGGAUUCUGGAACGGGCGAUAUUGAACUCCAGGACUUGAGCGAGCGGAGAUCGAGGAGCGUCCCCAGAAACGGAGAAACCCAACUGUAUUUACUGCUAGUCGGAGGGAAGGAGCCCCCGCACGUGGCGUUGCUGCAGAGUCCGCUGUCCAUGUGGACAUACCGGUUGCUCUAA